AUGCCGGACGUUUCAAGCUAUGUUCGAACAGCACAGGUGAUUGGGCUCACCACCUCGGGGAUGAUAGCUGGCUCGAUCCUCACCUACUCGACCACUCUGAUACCCACGAUCACUCUCCCCACCGGUAGUGGCCCAGCCACAUACGACUCCAACCACAAGCCUGGCACUCCCAUCUCGCACAUCGCCACCCAAUGGCGCCACGCCUAUAGCAUCGGCAAGAGCUCGAUGCCCUUGUGCGCAAUUGGAGCAGGCACCGCCUAUGCCUACCUGGCAUAUGUGUUCCGCCAGGAGACAACCCUGCGUGCUGCCGACGUGAGGACCUCGAACUGGUAUCUGCUUGCCUCAGGGUUGGUGAUGUCGAUCAUCCCAUAUACCCUGAUGGUGAUGAGCCCGACGAACAAGAGCCUGCUUGCCCGUGCCGAGGUGACAGAUGCUGAAGCCAUGACGGGCGUGGCCAAGGCAAAGGAGGCUGCCAGCAAGGCUAGCGGCGACUCGAAGGCGACCAGGGAAGACGUCGAGGUGCUGAAUUGGCUGAAGGGAUGGGCCGAGUUGAACGUUGUCAGGGCCCUGCUACCCCUGGCUGGAACGCUUUCUGGACUCUAUGCGACACUAUACUAG